CAGUCAGGUUUGGAGUUGGUAGCGCAGUUGCAACAGAGCUUCAGAAGUUUUACUACAUCAACACGAAAGCCUUUUCUAAUCGUCAAGCGAGGUAUUCUCUCGUUGAAUCACUAUUGAAACAGACGCUCUUCUUUCCUUCCAUCGUCUCGUCGUCUCUUCUUCAAUCAUCACAGAAAUCAAACCACCUUAUUAAGACCAUCCAGAUCAGAAAGGAUGCCUCGUCAACAAGCCUCCUACAAGGCGAAGUGGGCAAAGAAAGGUCUUUCGGUCAGCACCACUAUCCCAUCCAUUCCGUUCCUCCUGGGCGUCAAGGCAGUCGGAAAACAGGAACCCUCUUACAAGGCCAAAUGGGCAAAGAAAGGUCUUUCAAUCUCCACUAAAUUUCCAUCCAUUCCGUUCUUGCUGGGAGUCAAGGCGGUCCGAAAACAAUCCUACAAGGAGAAAUGGGCAAAGAAAGGCCUCUCUGUGGUGACGAGCUUUCCGUUCGUGCCGGUUGAAAAGGCAUACGGACCUGACCAAAUUGAAGAGAACGACGAAAUCGACACCGCGGAGCUUUUGGAGCGGGGGAACGCAGUCCAGCAGGAGUACAAUGACUUCGUCAACAAGCAACAGAACACGGUGUACGACACCACCUGGGGUGGGUCGAUUUCCUUCGACCCCCCACUUCAAGUACGCAUCUGGAGCGAGUUGGGAAUCAUGUUGGCCACAGCGACCAACGAGUGGCUGCUGCGACAAGCCCACGCGGGCAGACUCGACGUUCUGCUCGUCACGAGAGCCAUGAUCGCCCACGAAGACAAGUACCAGAGCCCGGCGUUCGAGUUCUGGGUCGAUCUCGAGACACAACUGCAAAUCGUGACAGCAAACUACGAGACUGUCCUGUUCCACCCAGCGUUCGAGAUGAGCGCGAGUUCCAUCGAGUUGAAGGUGUUCACGGAUUGGCCAUACCUCGUGCGCAACAUCAUGGCAGCCAACUACCAAUAUCCGAACAGCGUUGUCCUAGGAUCUGUCCAGGAUAUCAAGCCAAUUCUCCAGAUGUUGAGUGCGCCAGUACCAAUCCUUGAAGCCUGGCACGUACUGCACUGCAAGGUCCACCAAGCUUUGGACGACAACACGCGCGCGGGGCGCGUCAGUGCAGUACUGCCACAGUACUACGGCCGAAUUGGAACCUACGUGUACCGACCACGUGAAGCCCCGAGCCGCCACUACGGUGGCCUCGCCGAUGCUGAAGAGCGCAUGAGGUUGCGUCGCGGAAGUGUCUUGGGGAACGAGGCUUACAACCUCCCCCCAAGACCAGCCGCGCCAAUCCAGCGCCAGCGACGCGAGGUCCCCGAGGGCCGCCGUGGAAUUUAGCCUUUCGGGGCACCAACAGCAAUGUUGGAAAUUCAGACACGGGCGAGCCGGCGUGGUGUGCUGGGAGGGCUGUGGGAGAGUUGGAACUCGUGCUUCUCGGAACGAAUAGAUAGUCGAUAACACAAACUCAAGCAGAGACUCGAGCAAAGAGCCACAAAAGAGCUCAAUUUGUCCCCCCAAACCGUUG